CAAGGGAGAUAAUGGUCGUGGAAGCAUCUCGCGCGCACUGGACGCCGGGAGCUGCGAGCGCGCACAACGUAUCCACACGAGCACGAGAGAGGCUGGACCACAGGCCCACACCUUUCCCGUAACCAACCUCACCAAUAUGUUCAUUGGCAUCACCUCUAGUGGAGACAACGUCAAUUCCCAUUACGAUUACUUAAUUUGAACGCCGAAGCUGUCGUGUACCAGGAUUUACUAAGAUCCAUAACUACAAUGGCGCUAGACUUUGUAGCUGGAUGUAUCGGAGGCUGUGCUGGGAUUAUAGCCGGGCAUCCGUUGGACACCCUGAAAGUGCACGUGCAAUCAGGCAGAGGAAGCGCGCUGGAAUGCACCAAAAGCCUAUUGAAAGGAGGCACACUCUCCACGGUUUAUCGUGGGGUGGGGGCGCCUUUGGGAGGAGUAUCAGCGGUGAAUGCCAUAGUUUUCGGAGCUUAUGGAAACACUAGGAGAGCGCUGCCUGAUCCUGACUCGUUGAAAACGCACGCAACGGCCGGCGCGGCUGCUGGACUCAUGCAAAGCUUAGCCUGCGCGCCUGUUGAGCUAGUAAAAACCCGGCAGCAACUUUCAAGACCAGGAGACGGCAUGCCCGGAGGAGCUUGGGCGGGAGCUCGACACAUAUUACGAACGGGCGGGAUUCGAACUCUAUUCCGCGGACUAACGAUCACGGCCGCCCGCGACUGCCCCGCAUUUGCGAUCUACUUCACGACGUAUGAGAUGAUGACGCGCGACGACCGGUCGGUAAUGACGGUGUUCACGGCGGGCGGAGUCGCGGGGGCUCUGUCCUGGGUGCUGUUGUAUCCUGUUGACGUGGUGAAGUCGCGGCUACAGGGGGACGUGGUUGGACGGUAUGCAGGCGCGUGGGACUGCUUCAAGCAGUCGGUGCGUUCGGACGGCUGGCGCUGCUUAAGCCGCGGGUUGGGCGCGGUGACGCUGCGCGCUUUCAUCAGCAACGGGGCGUGUUUUACUGCCGUGGCGUGGACGGAGCGGAUGUGGCAGGAGCAGGCGCUGGCUGGCGAGCCUGCCGCUGUAGCCGCCGCGCACUCGCUCUGCGCCUCCACCGUCAUGAGCGAGGCCGUUUGUCAAGAAAGCGCCGACUACUGAUCUGAUAAAGUUCUGAACACACCUUACGCGAGUGAUGACCGGACAAGGUCGACAUUGUACAGUGUUAUCGUUGUUAUUAAUUGCUUUGUAUUUUUAUAACUAAAGAGGAAAAGGGACGGCCGCUUCUCCAUACAAACGUAGUCCCCAUUUUUAUCUCUGGUCAUUGAUAUUAUGAAAAAUAUAUUUACAUAAUUUGAUGGAUACUUAUAUUAACCAUUCGUUUGACCUUUUUCGAAUUUUUGAGUAUUAUAAGAAUUAGGAGCGAAACACUUUUCCAUAGAAAGGUUUUUACAUUAAAUUAUUUGUUAAAUAUAAUGUUCCUAUAUCUUAUAAUAAUAAAAAAGUCGAAAAAUCAAAAGAAAGGGUGCUGUGGUUUAUAUAAAUCUAAUUGUGUUAAAAUAUCUACAAUAAUGUUAAUAUCCAGAGGAAAAUGAGGACUACGUUUGUAUGAAAAGACGAUUUCGCGCGGCCGUCCACUUUUGUCUUAAGGCGCAGGGUAGGGCAAGGCAUUCUUCAUACAAACCUUGUGCAAGUUUUAUUCGUUAGUUUUGGCACUAUAGCAUUUAAUUUCAUUUUUUGUUUGUAUAAAUAUAUUGGAUAUACGCAGAACUUGAUGUAGAUUUUUUCUUUAUUAAAAAAAAAAAAAAAAACUAUCAAGCCUAGUUAACAGAAAAAUAAGCAUAUUUACCAAAAAUAAGAACUGUAGCGCAAACACAAACGAAGAAAAACGCGCACAACGAUUGUAUGGAAAGAGCUUGCCCUACCCUUCGCCUUAAAUCAAAACAUGGGGCAUGUAGGUAUGAUAAUAAACCAUUUAUACAGCAA